AUUAGUACAUUUCUGACUGAUCUGCUGAGGAUGGACAGGGAAAGAAAACAGAUGACUGAGAAAAUAUUAAACCUCACCCUAGAGAUUAUCUACCUGGUGACUGGAGAGGAAUACAUUGUAGUGAAGAAGGUAACCGAAGAAAGUGAAGAAUGGAGCAGGAGCCAUGAUUCUGACAUGUCUGCUCCACACUCACUCAUACAUGACAGAAACAGCUAUCGGGAAAUCUUGAAACUCCUCAAGAAGAUGACUGAGCUGCUGACUGGAGAGGUUCCCAUAAGAUGUGAGGAUGUCACCGUCUAUUUCUCCAUAGAGGAGUGGGAGUAUUUUAAACGACACAAUGAUCAGUAUGAGGACAUUAUUAUAGAGAACCACAUGAUUCUCACAUCACCAGAUGAAUCCAGUAAAAAGGAAACAGCAUCAGAGGGUUGUCCCAGACACAACAAGGAAUAUUCAGAACAUGUAAAAAUUCCACAGGAUAUUCAGGUAACAAAUAUGAGUGAAAUAAAAGUGGAAGACAUAACAGAAGAAGAUAUAUAUGUGAAAGAAAUUUCUACAGAUAUUAACACAGCCACCAUGUAUCCAAAUCAUUUGUCAUCACCUGCUGCUGAUGAGGUGCUGAGGAUACACAGGGGGCCAGAGGCAGCACUCACAACUAAAGUACACCGACUCCUCUCCAGCAUCCAUUUCUUCACCCCCCAGCGAGAUUAUAAAGUAAAAAACAACAAUAUCACAGAAGAUAAUUCAGAAAAACUUUCCACAACAACUUAUAGCACAAAUACGCCCUCACACCUUCACAGUAGAGAUCUAGCUAUUGAUCCUACUAAUCAAGAGGAACAACCUUAUCAAUCACAGCAUACUGAGCAAAGUACAGGAGAAACAGAACAUAAAAUAUUUCCAUGUUCUGAAUGUGGAAAAUAUUUUAAAAAGAAAUCUAAUCUUUCUGUGCACAAAAGAAUUCAUAGAGAUGAGAAUUCAUGUUCAGAAUGUGGUAAACAAUUUAAAAGUAAAUAUAACCUUUCUAUGCAUGAAAGAAUUCACAGAGAUGAAAGGCCAUUUUCAUGUUCAGAAUGUGGGAAAAGUUUUCGCCAGAAAUCAGUUCUUUUUAGACACCAAAGAAGGCACAGAGGGGAGGAGCAAUAUUCAUGUCCGGAAUGUGAGAAACGGUUUCACCAGAAAUCAGACCUUGUUGUACACCAAAGAACUCACACUGGAGAAAAGCCUUAUGUAUGUUCAGAAUGUGGAAAAUGUUUUAUGCAGAAGUCAUGUCUUGUUAUGCAUCAGAAAAUUCACACAGGGGAGAAACCAUUUUUAUGUUCCGAGUGUGGGAAAUGUUUUAGGCAGAAUUCAGAUCUCGUUGUACAUCAAAGAAGGCACAGGAAGGAGGAGAGGUUUUCAUGUCCAGAAUGUGAGAAAGGUUUUCAACAGAAAUCAGAUCUCAUUGUACACCAAAGAACUCACACAGGGGAGAAACCCUAUUCAUGUUCUGAAUGUGGAAAAUGUUUUACCCAGUUAUCAGCCCUUCUUGCACAUCAGAGAACUCAUACAGGGGAGAAGCCUUAUUUAUGUUCUGAAUGUGAGAAACGCUUUGCAACAAAAUUAUGUCUUAUUGAACAUCAGAGAACUCACACAGGGGAGAAACCAUAUGCAUGUCCAGAAUGUACAAAAUGCUUCAGCCACAAGUCCAGUCUUGUUAAACAUCGUGAAAUCCAUACAGGAGAAAAGCCAUUUUCAUGUUCAGAAUGUGGGAAGUGUUUUAUAAAGAAAGCAAGUCUUGUUAGACAUCGGAUAUGUCACACAGGAGAGAAGCCAUUUUCAUGUUCUGAGUGUGGGAAAAGCUUCACAAGAAAAUCAAGUGUUGCUGAACAUCAGAGAAUUCACACUGGGGAGAAACCAUAUUCAUGUCAAGACUGUGGGAAAUGUUUUAGCCAGAAGUCGGAUCUGGUAAAACAUCAGAGAACUCAUACAAAGGAAAAGUCGUAUUCAUGUUUAGAAAGUGGGAAAUGUUUUAGUCAGAAGUCCAAUGUUGUUAAACAUCAAACAAUCCAUACAGGGUAAAAGCCAUUUUCAUGUACAGAAUGUGGAAAAUGUUACAAUGAUGGAUCAACUCUUGCUCAGCAUAAACAGCAGUGCCAUUUUAAUCAUGAGACUGUAACAAAGGUUUUA